AUGGAUUCCGAGUUUCCCAACAAAGCAUUAACAACAACUCGCUUUUCCGACCUCAAACCCCCACUUUCCGAUCCCGUACUCCAAGCCCUCACACACUCCGCCUUCGAUUUCUGCACUCCCGUUCAAGCCGCCACAAUUCCCUUACUCUGCAGCUUCAAAGACGUCGCCGUCGACGCCGCCACCGGUUCCGGAAAAACCCUAGCUUUCGUCAUUCCACUUGUCGAGAUUCUUCGUCGCUCCUCUUCCAAUCCCAAACCUCACCAGGUUCUGGGGAUAAUUAUAUCUCCUACAAGGGAACUAGCAUCCCAAAUAUAUCAUGUUGCACAACCUUUCAUUUCAACUUUAGCCAAUGUUAAGUCAAUGCUACUAGUAGGUGGUGUGGAAGUAAAAACAGACAUGCAGAAAAUUGAGGAAGAAGGUGCAAAUGUAUUGAUCGGAACACCGGGUCGAUUGCACGACAUUAUGAAUAGGAUGGAUGUUAUGGAUUUCAAAAGUUUCGAGAUUUUGAUUUUGGAUGAGGCUGAUAGGCUCUUAGAUAUGGGAUUCCAGAAGCAGAUAAAUGCUAUCAUAACUCAGUUACCUAAGCUUCGAAGGACUGGUUUAUUCUCGGCUACUCAAACUCAGGCUGUGGAAGAGCUUGCCAAAGCAGGAUUGAGGAAUCCUGUGAGGGUUGAAGUUCGAGCAGAAACAAAAACUGCAAAUGGUGCUGCAGCAUCAAAUCAACUAGAAUCUUCAAAGACACCUUCAGGUCUUCACACCGAGUACUUGAAAUGUGAGGCUGAUAAGAAGCCGUCGCAGCUAGUAGAUUUCCUUAUUAAGAACCGCUCGAAAAAAAUUAUAAUAUAUUACAUGACUUGUGCUUGUGUUGACUAUUGGGGAGUUGUUCUUCCCCGGCUUUCUGUUUUGAAAGGCUUCUCCUUGAUUUCUCUUCAUGGAAAGAUGAAGCAGAAUGUGAGAGAGAAGGCACUAGCUUCAUUUACAUCCCUCUCAAAUGGAAUUCUUCUGUGUACGGAUGUUGCAGCACGUGGACUUGACAUACCUGGCGUAGACUGUAUAGUGCAGUAUGAUCCUCCUCAAGACCCAAAUGUUUUCGUACAUAGGGUUGGUCGAACUGCUCGGCUGGGUAAACAAGGACAUGCGGUUAUCUUCUUAUUACCAAAGGAGGAAUCUUAUGUAGAAUUCUUGCGUAUAAGAAGAAUUCCACUUCAAGAAAGAACAUGCUCUGACAAUGCACCUGAUGUUAUACCCGAGAUUCGUUCUGCGGCAACAAAAGAUCGCGAUGUCAUGGAGAAGGGAGUCAGGGCAUUUGUUUCUUACAUUCGUGCUUAUAAAGAGCAUCACUGCUCUUAUAUUCUCAGGUGGAAAGAACUUGAAAUUGGCAAAUUAGCCACGGGACAUGGCUUAUUGCAACUUCCUUUAGUGCCGGAGGUAAAACGCCAUUCACUAUCUACUGAGGGAUUUGAACCUGUUAAAGAUAUCAAUUUCGAGGACAUUAAGUUCAGGGAUAAAUCAAGGGAGAAACAAAGGAAGAAAAAUCUGCAAACAAAGAAAGAAGCCAAAGAGAAAGAGCCAAAACCUAAAAAACCAAAGAAAACUCCCAAUGUACCCGAUGUGAUGAGGAAGAAAACAGCCAAACAAAGACGUGCUCAGCAGACUGUUGAAGAUGAGGAAGAGUUGACGCAAGAAUACCGCUUGUUGAAGAAAUUGAAGAAAGGGGUCAUAGAUGAGAAUGAAUAUGCCAAGUUGACAGGCACCGAAGAUUUACUUUGA